GCUCACAGGGCCCAGUUUCCCACACUAUCACAGAUAGCCUUUGAUAUCCUCUCCAUCCCCGCAACAUCUGCAGAGUGCGAGCGGGUCUUCAGCCAAGGGAGGCUUACGAUGUCCUCACAGAGAGUCCGCAUGAAGGCAUCUACGUUGGAGAUGCUCUCCUGGCUGAAGCACUGGUGGAGAAAUGGCUUCUCGACGGGGCCAGCGGAGGUGACUCAGGGCUGA